GAAGAGGCUAAUUUUGAACAUACAAACAGACAGCCUACUUGUAUGGGCCCCUCUGGCUAAUUGAUCUAAAAGAUGCGUCUUAGCGCCACGGUACGUGCCACUUCAAGAGGUCAAUCAUCUUCCUGAUCUUUUGUUACGUCAUCUUUUAAGUAACUCGUGAUCAUUUUUAAGCUGAUCACACCGCCUUCAAGGACCAUUCAUCUAGGUCGUAGAAGAGAUUGGACGAAGCAUUGCCAGACAAGAAGACUUUUGACUCCGCAAAGCUACUAUAUGAAAAAUGAAUCCCACGUUUUUCCUCCUCGUUUUCUCGACUGUUGUGCAGUGGACUACUACUUAUGCACGCUGCAGCCAUGACCCUGAAACUAUUUACAGGAGCUGUCAAGAAAUUCAAGAUUACGCACCUGGAGCAGUGAGUGACGUGUAUGAAAUCCAUCCGUUGCCAAACGCCGAACCCAUUGAGGUGUACUGUGAAAUAGCAAUAAAAGGUGGCAGCUUUACCUUUCUUCCUCGCAGUCUCACAAGAAGACCAGAUGCUCAGCAGAUUGUCAACGUGCUCUUCAAAGACAAGAAAAACGUCUUGCUCAAGUUGCAGAAAAAAGUCGAUCGCAGCGAGUAUUAUACUCUGAUCCAGCCCCUUUCGUCUUUCGCCAACACUGAUUUUGGAAUUUUGAUCAACAGAUUCACAAGUUACACCCAACCACAGAACAACUUCAUGAAAGAGUACAUCUUCUUUGGGAUCAUUCCGGCAUCAGCCGCACGAAAUAAAAACUCCCAAGGCUUCAAAUCCAACGGUCACCCUAUCAAGUUUAAAAACUGUGACUCGAAUCCCAACAGCCUGUUUACGUUCCUGCCGAACCAUGAUCUUCAAACUCCAAGCGAUUACAGUGGCUCAAACCUGCGUUAUGAAAAAGAUGGUGUCGCAGUGGACUGGCGUUCUAAGGCCAUUCCGAUCACAAACCCUGAUCGCAUGAUGCCAAACAAGUUCUUCUUCUUGACAGAGCUCCAUUUUGGAGGUUGCGGUUGUUACACCUCUAGUGACCGCUGGAACAAGUACGGCUACCACGCGACUGCCAUUGGAAUCCGUUAGGGGCUUAUAACCUUGCCCCAACUCUCCCCGCUCGACAGUAAAUGCGAUAGUGUAAAUGUGGUCGAUAAUUUUUUGCUUUUGAAACUAGUGUUAAGAUUUUUUUAGCGUUUAGAUAACAAAGACCUCUGCUUAUUUGAAUUUCUUGUAAACAUGAAUCUUUACAGAUGAUCUAUGAGCAUGACUAUAUGUUUCCAUUAGUGUUUGUUGUAAGCCAAAAAAAGCGGGUGCAAACGAAGUGAUAAUAAAGUUGAUGAAAAGUUA